AUGAAUGCACCGGACAGAUUUGAACUAUUCAUACUACCAGACGGGGUAGAUAAGAUAAAAUUGACUCCAGAUACUAAAGUCCCCAAUGCUGCUAUAGUAAAGAUAGAAAGAGAAGACCACACGCUAGCUAAUUUGUUGAGAGCACAGCUUUUGAAAGACGAAAGAGUUAUAUUUGCAGCAUAUAAAGUAGAGCACCCGUUAUUUGCGAAUUUCGUAUUACGAAUUCAAACCGAAGAUGAUUAUACACCAAGAGAUGCCUUGAGAAAUGCUUGCUCUGCGCUUAUUAAUCAGUUGGGUAUUAUAAAAAGUAAAUUUGAGGAUGAAUGGGCGUUGAAAGUGCUUUUGAAUAAUACCGAAGACGAUUUUUGA